GCAGAGCGAGCGCAGGAGGCAGACCCCGGGCGCGAGGGGACGGCAGGCAGCGUGCUGGGCAUGAACCUGGAGGGCGGUGGCAGCCGAGGAGGGGAGUUCGGCAUGAGCUCUGUGAGCUGCGGCAACGGGAAGCUCCGCCAGUGGCUGAUCGACCAGAUCGACAGCGGCAAGUACCCAGGGCUGGUGUGGGAGAACGAGGAGAAGAGCAUCUUCCGCAUCCCCUGGAAGCACGCGGGCAAGCAGGACUACAACCGCGAGGAGGACGCCGCCCUCUUCAAGGCUUGGGCACUAUUUAAAGGAAAAUUCCGAGAAGGCAUCGACAAGCCAGACCCUCCUACCUGGAAGACACGUUUACGAUGCGCUUUGAACAAGAGCAAUGACUUUGAGGAACUGGUUGAGAGGAGUCAGCUGGACAUUUCAGACCCCUACAAAGUCUACAGGAUUGUUCCCGAGGGAGCCAAAAAAGGAGCAAAGCAGCUCACCCUAGAGGACCCACAGAUGACCAUGAGCCACCCCUACCCCAUGACGACUCCUUACACCUCACUCCCGGCUCAGCAGGUUCAUAACUACAUGAUGCCGCCCCACGACCGCAGCUGGAGGGAGUACGUCCCUGACCAGCCCCACCCUGAAAUCCCGUAUCAAUGUCCUGUGUCCUUUGGACCCCGCGGCCACCACUGGCAAGGCCCAGCUUGUGAAAACGGUUGCCAGGUGACAGGAACCUUUUAUGCUUGUGCCCCGCCUGAGUCCCAGGCCCCUGGAAUCCCCAUAGAGCCAAGCAUAAGGUCUGCCGAAGCCUUGGCUCUCUCAGACUGCCGGCUCCACAUCUGCUUGUAUUACCGGGAAAUCCUGGUGAAAGAGUUGACCACGGCCAGCCCUGAAGGCUGUCGGAUCUCCCACGGGCACACCUAUGAUGCCAGCAACCUGGACCAGGUUCUCUUCCCCUACCCAGAGGACAACGGUCAGAGGAAAAACAUCGAGAAACUGCUGAGCCACCUGGAGAGGGGCGUGGUCCUCUGGAUGGCCCCCGAUGGGCUCUAUGCCAAGAGACUGUGCCAGAGCAGGGUCUACUGGGAUGGGCCCUUGGCCCUGUGCAGCGACCGGCCCAACAAACUGGAGAGAGACCAGACCUGCAAGCUAUUUGACACGCAGCAGUUUUUAUCAGAGCUGCAGGCGUUCGCUCUCCACGGCCGCCCCCUGCCACGGUUCCAGGUAACUCUGUGCUUCGGGGAGGAGUUUCCAGACCCCCAGAGGCAAAGGAAACUGAUAACUGCUCACGUUGAACCUCUACUGGCCAGACAGCUGUAUUAUUUUGCUCAACAAAACAGCGGACAUUUCCUCAGGGGCUAUGAUUUACCUGAACACAUGAGCAGUCCCGAGGACUAUCACAGAUCUAUCCGCCACUCCUCCAUUCAAGAGUGAAAGCCGUCAGUUCAUUUGCUUCAUUGUAAAUAAUUGACUUUGACAAGAAUGGCUAGUUGAACCCUCUCUUUUUUUUUUUUUUUUUUUUUAACGAGGAGA